UCUACACAGAUUUCCUAAUGUCUUGAGGCAAACUCUCCCGUGGACUUCCCUGAGGACCACACACAGACAUUCAGCUCUCUUCUGGCAUUUCCCUGUUAAUUGCCCACCUUCUAACAAGCAGUCCUUGCUCUUAUCAAGGGUCCCCAGUAACUCCUUUUGAAUGGCUGCAAGGGGAUGGUAAAUAGAGGCGUCUCUGUUGUGCCUUUUGCUCCUGACAACAUGAACACAAUGAAAAAACAGACAAACUUGGGGCUUGUUGGCUGCACACGCACGUCUGAGGCUGUGUGUGAGCCAUCCACAUAUCCAUAUGAAUCCUGCUGCCCUGCCCAAUUUGGGGAGGCUCCUACCAGGACUGAAGGCGAACAAGUUACGUGCGUUCCCACAUGCUGUGCUCUUGAGGCAGAGACAAACUUCUGCUCUUACAUAAGAUGUGGGUUUUUAAGCUUUGCAUAAUUGUGUUCUCUAUCAUUUCGAUCUCGUGUGUGUUCAGAUUCUGCUCUCCUGGCCAAUGCAAUUUAUUACAGUUAACUUGUAAUCUUCUGCUUUGGCCUUUAUCAUCUGUACACUUGAGACAGGAAGCAAUUAUAGAUCUUUGAAAUAGAUGUCCUACUUAGGCACAGCAAAAUGUCUUUCGCAGGACCCUGUGUUUUAUAAGAGAGGAUUCAAAAUUGUGAUAACACCCUAGAGUGCAAACUUGGGAACUUUGCCGUUCUUGAGCUGUGCUGUCUCCCAUGGAUGAGGCUGCGUGCAGCAGCUGGAGAAGAUGCUGAGGGAUUGGGGCUCCUGUCACUGCUUUGCCGUGUGACCGGACUCAGUUUGCCUUAGGUGCUUCUCUUCUUGAAGUAGCUUUCGUUUUCCCUGUUUUCUCGUCAGUAAAGAGCAUGGUACUGGUUGCACGGGGAUAUUGUAAGGCUUGACACUGGAAAAUGCAUUUAAGACUGCUGCGUUGAUUGUUUCCAAAGCACGGGAAUUCAGAGCCUCCCGGACACAGAUGUGGCGGUGACUUCCCUCCGCGAGAGCUGACCAGCCAGGCAGGGGGAGCUUUCACUUUGUUGUCCUUUGAGCUCAGACCAAAGCAAGACCAACUCUGCGGCAAAGUGCUGGUGCUGGAUUGCUGUCAGUUCUCCUUGGGGUGUUUUGUAACUCUGGCUUUGACCCUGAGGACCAAAACCAAUCCCCUGAACCAAGCUGUGUCUAAAAUUCCCAGGUUGGGGCACCUGUAUUUGGCUCCAGGACGACUGGAAGGAUGCUUCGACGUUUUGGGAAAGCCCACCAGAUGGAGCUCGUGCUUGAGGGAUAAAGCUCCAGCGGGCUGCUGCAGAAGCUGGGAAAAUAGGACAUAGUCCUUGUUUCUAUUGGAUUGUUCCAGCAACAGAGUUGAAUUGAGCAAGCCUGGCUUCCCAAGUGCUUGCUUGUAAGAGGAAAUGUUCCAUGCUAAAGAUGCAGAAAAGGAAAUGUAUUUUUGCAGCUAGAAGUGCUUGAAGCUUCCAUUGAUGUUUCCAUUUUCUUGUGGCUGUCUGACUUUGCAGAACUGUUUUAGCACUCCCUCCCUCUGUCCCUUAGUAUGCUUCCCAUAUUUGAUUAUAAUAAAUACACCCCUUAGCUAUUAAAUCCAUAUAAAAUCAAAGCACUGGAAAACUUGCUUAAUGGUUUAGAGGAAAAAAAAUACACAUUUGGGGAGUGAGAAGGGAAAGUGUUCAACCUUGAAUUUAGUUACCUAAAAGACAGCUAAUAAAACUUUGGAGUGUGGCAAAGAAAGUAGAAUUAAGUGUGUCUUAGUCUGCAAAGUUUUCUGAAAGACAUAAUCUGUGGAUUCAGAGGUGCAGCUCCAUGUCAUUGCCACCAGGACCAUGCUAGUUUUGGUGUGCACGUCACCUCUCAGAUUUGCGCUUCAAAAGCCUUUAAAAACACGUUUUUAGAAACACAUUUGUAAUUCAUGUAACCAAGCUGCUGCAGUAAUACAUCAGAGAGCAGUGUAAACACUCUGGCUGUGAGGACAUCGUGCUUAUCUUCCACAUGGGUGGUACAAGCACUGAGGAGAUUCAGGCCCUGAGGUGGUGACAAGUCAUGUUCUUCAUGGAAAGCAAAGCAAAUGGAUAUCACUAAUUUCACCUCCUAAUGAGACAGGAAAGUCAUCACAACCCACCUGUGUUCUCUGUAACGAAGCCAUCCCGGUGGCACUGGGGGUGUCCUGGGGGUUACAGAAAGCUGAAUGUGACACACUUGCUACCAGAUUUAUUUCUAAGCUGCACCAACCAACCAAAAAAUGUGCUCUUAGUGAACAGCCUGUGGUUUCAGCCAACAUGCAGCAGGCCAACUGCCUCAUACUAUGGGAUUUCUGACAAAAAACAGUCAGAUGAUCUUUUAUUCUAAAUCAUACGGGAUGAGCUUCCCUUCAGUAAUGCCUUUAGAAGAACCAUUCCACAGCUCGCCAUCCCACUCAGUGAUUGCCUGGAGCUCUCCUCCCCUGUGUCUAUGUGCAUGCCAGCACACAAAACAUCACUGCUAAUUGCCAAGUGCUGUUGGAUACACUUGGGGAAGAAAAAAGGAGCAUAUGUGCAUUAACAUAGCUGGAUGUAUACUUUAAGCGCUCCGUGGCAGCUAGUUGCAGUUUUGCAGUAGCCAGAUGUUGCACCAUGCUUAAUUUAAUCUCUUUUUGUGUCGUUACAGCCUGUAGUGCAGACUUUGAAAAUGGAUAAAGUUGAAACCUGGGACUCCACAGAGGAGACACGUUCUUUUCCUCAUUGCUCCCUAUCAGUAAUUACAGAGAAUCAAAUCUUGGUGCUGCUGUAUUUCAGAUUCUCCCAGCAAUGCUGUCACUGGUCAGUGACUGACAAUUUUCCUCUUGCUCUUUCUUUCUUGGUGUUUUCUGUCUGUUAAGAAAAUGGCAUGUUCUGAUUUCCAAGGAGUGCUCUGGGUGUCUGCUCGUUAAAUGCACUCAGUGACAUGGGUCACUGCUCACCCAGGGCUGUUCUGUCCAGAGAGGGCCCACACCUACUGCACACAGCAGUGUUAUGUGGUACAGAUGUACAAAAAUGCUCAGAACUCGUGUUACACCCAGCUUGGGAUCUUCUGGGAAAGCCCAAAGGGAAGAAUGUUGUCAUCAUGGUGACUUGGGUGCUUCUGCUGAGUAGAGUUUGUAAUUUUAUGUUUUCUUCUUAUCACUGGUUAACCAGAAGGGAAGAAGCCUCAGCCUUGGAAUGAGAGCUUAGGAUACCAAAGGGUGGUCUUCACCUGGAGGGAGGAAGAAGUAGAAGAGGUUGAUGCCAUGGAUUUUUCAGUGGCCUGGAAGGAACUAGAACACUACAGACUCCCCUUGUCUGUCCUGUGCAAAGUCAGAUUCUCCCAUUUUUGGACGAUCAAACCUCUGCGCCUUCUGCAUCAGAAAGAGGAGCCACGUGUAUUUUGCUGAGAUUAUUUUGUUGAGGUGCUGCAGUUGGAACAAUCCUCUGGAAAGGGAGAAGUCGGGAUGCUGUGUGCCUACACCAGGAUGCUCCUGCUGCACUGCCCGCUGCUGUUGCUGCUGCUGCCACUGGGCUCCAUGCCCCAGAAGUUCCCGACCAGGGAUGAGGAGCUGUUCCAAAUGCAGAUCCGGGACAAAGCGUUUUUUCACGAUACGUCCGUCAUCCCGGAUGGAGCGGAAAUCAGCAGCUACCUGUUCCGAGACACCCCUAAAAGGUAUUUCUUUGUGGUUGAAGAGGACAACACUCCCUUAGCAGUGACUGUGACACCAUGUGAUGCCCCCCUGGAGUGGAAACUGAGUGUGCAAGAGCUCCCAGAGGAAGCCAGUGGAGAAGGUUCAGGUGACCCAGAGCCUCUUGAGCAACAGAAACAGCAGAUUACCAGUGAGGAAGGCACAGAGCUCUUCUCUUACAAAGGCAACGACGUGGAGUACUUUGUGUCCUCUAGUUCCCCAUCUGGGCUGUACCAACUAGAUCUGCUGUCCACAGAGAAGGACACCCAUUUUAAGGUGUAUGCAACCACCACUCCAGAGUCAGACCAGCCUUAUCCGGAAUUACCUUAUGAUCCCAGAAUCGAUGUCACCUCCCUGGGACGUACAACGGUGACCCUGGCGUGGAAGCCAAGUCCCACUGCCUCCCUACUGAAACAGCCAAUCCAGUACUGCAUAGUCAUCAACAAAGAGCACAACUUCAAAAGCCUCUGCGCUGUGGAAGCCAAGCUCAGUUCUGACGACGCCUUCAUGAUGGCUCCAAAACCAGGCCUGGAUUUCAGUCCGUUUGACUUUGCCCAUUUUGGCUUCCCUGCGGACAACAACUCCGGCAAAGAGCGGGGUUUCCUGAAACCAUCCAAGUUUGGGCGGCAAACGUCCUCAAAGCCCAGGGUUGACCUGCAUAAGGUUUGUAUCGGGAACAAGAACAUCUUCACUGUGUCUGACCUGAAGCCCGACACGCAGUACUACUUUGACAUGUUUGCGGUGAACACCAACACCAACAUGAGCACCGCGUACGUCGGCACCUUCGCCAGGACCAAGGAGGAGGCCAAGCAGAAAACAGUUGAGCUGAAGGACGGCAAAGUUACAGAUGUUUUCAUCAAGAGAAAGGGAGCCAAAUUCCUGCGGUUUGCCCCCGUUUCAUCCCACCAAAAAGUCACCUUCUCCGUUCAUUCGUGCCUGGAUGCUGUUCAGAUCCAAGUGAGAAGAGAUGGAAAACUUCUCUUGUCUCAAAGCGUGGAGGGCGUGCGGCAGUUCCAGCUUCGGGGAAAAGCGAAAGCGAAGUAUCUCGUUAGGCUGAAAGGGAGCAAGAAAGGUGCUUCCAUGCUGAAGAUCCUGGCUACAACGAGGCCCAACAAGCAGUCUUUUCCUUCUCUCCCAGAAGACACGCGGAUCAAAGCCUUCGACAAGCUCCGCACGUGCUCGUCGGUCACGGUGGCCUGGCUGGGCACGCAGGAGAGGAACAAGUUCUGCAUCUACAAGAGGGAAGUGGAUGACAACUACAACGAAGAGCAGAAGAAAAGGGAGCAGAACCAGUGCUUGGGUCCAGACACGAGGAAGAAAUCGGACAAGGUUCUCUGUAAAUACUUCCACAGCCAGAACAUCCAGAAAGCAGUGACCACAGAGACAAUCAGGGGCCUGCAGCCUGGCAAGUCCUACCUGCUGGAUGUUUACGUGAUAGGGCACGGGGGGCACUCUGUGAAAUACCAGAGCAAAUUGGUGAAAACAAGGAAGUUCUGUUAGUGCCCCUGUACAUAGAAAUAUAUGGAACUCCGGACUGAGCGUUAUCCUACUUCCAAGUAUACGGAUCGACUACUUGCACAGCUGAGAAGUUGUGAGCUGUAUUUGUACUGUGUAGAAAAGAUAUCAACUUGUAUAUUUAUGUUUACGUAAGUAAUUGUUGGGAGGAACUGAGGCUGGUGCUCUCUGGCAGCACCUGGCAAGGGUAUUAUCAUGUGUCCAGUGGCCCACAUGUGAUGCUCAGUAGAUGUCCAAGGUAGCAGGAGACCUCGGAGGAACUGGCACGCCUUUGCUUCCAUAUUGCAUGAACUGCUUCUAAAUUAUUUUAUACUUAAUAAGGCUGAGAUCCAUCAUCUGUCCACCCUGUUACUCACACACAGAACUCACAGACGUACACCCUUUCUCUCAGUGUAGGCGGUAGGGUUUCUGUAAAUUAUUUUAUAGAGUCUUGUUUUAAAUGUUUAUGUUUCUAUGAUUGUAAACUAUUAAAAUCUCCCCCCCAAUAAAAUACAGAUCUAAACUAAGUAUUAACUGGGCUGCACAUGAAGCAGUUUCAUUGCUAAUGUAAAUUCUUACCUAGCUGAUUUCCAUGUUUAAAUACUGUAUGUAUUUCAUGUACAAAGUUGCCAUAACGUUAUAUUCCUGUACAUAAAAUUAAAAAUAUUAGAUUAUA